CUGAAAGGCUGUCUAGUUCUGGUGGACUCUGCCACUGCGCCCAGCCCUGAAGUCUUGGUUCUUUCCAGUUGGACCCCAAGCCCGUGUCAAUGGCCCAAGCAGCAACCCUCAGCUCCCUUCUGGAGGAGCAGACCAGACUAAAGAUGAGGUUGGAGGAGCUGCAGCAGCUGAAAAUGAAAUUUAAGGGCUCCUCCCAAGAUAAGGUCCCAUUCCCAGUGCCUGAAAUGCCCCUGGUGUUCCAAGGACACAUACAUCGGGGUAAGGAAGCACCGAAGUCUUCGGUUUCUGACCUGAAGAUCUGUUACCCUCUGCCUGGAGGCUCUGCUGUGGUUACCUUUGAUGACCCCCAAGUGGCUGAACAGGUGCUGCAACAGAAGGUGUAUAAGAUUGACAUGGAAGAAUGCCGGCUGCGGCUGCCGGUCUGGCCCCUGGAGCUGCCAGUCAUGACCACCGUCGAGGUGUCCAGCCAGAUGGAUGGCCAGAGAGUACUGGUCAGUGGGUUUCCUGCUGGGCUCAAGCUGAGUGAGGAGGAGCUGCUGGACAAGCUAGAGAUCUUUUUUGGCAAGACCAGGAAUGGGGGUGGCGAUGUGGAGGCUCGGGAACUGCUACAAGGAGGGGUCAUGCUGGGCUUCGCUGAAGCUAAAGGUAAGAGCCCCGCCGCCCGCCGAUUAGGGCACAGGUGCGUCAAGGUCUGGAGGGGCAAGUGCUUGCGGGUGAAGUCUGCCCUUGGCAUUCUUGCAGUGGCCCAGAACCUGUGCCAGAUCGGCCAGUUCACAGUGCCCCUGGGUGGGCGGCAGGUCCCGCUGAGAGUGUCUCCCUACAUGAGGGGGAAUAUCCAGAAGGCUGAGAUGAAGCUCCAGUCAGUGCCCCACUCUGUGCUGGUGUCCAACAUUCCCGACAUCCUGGACGGCUCCGAGCUGCACGACAUCCUGAAGAUCCACUUCCAGAAGCCGACCCGUGGGGGCGGGGAGGUGGAGGCCCUGGCGGUGGUGCCCGCAGGUCAGCGGGGCCUGGCCAUCUUCACUGCCCAGUCAGACUAGGCAGCUGGCCUUCUCGUCACCCCACCCCCUGCCCAGCUUCUCACAUGGGGCUGCAGUUGGGUGCCCAAGUACCAGGGAGACCCUGCUGGUGGACAGUGAGCAGGGUAGAGCUGUGAAAUGCUGAACAGUAAAAGUGG